AUUGUAUCAUACGCAGUUAAUUUUAAUGACGUUAAAUUGCGGCAAUUCGGGCGAGAUUAUAGACCUUCUCUACGUGAUGUGAAAAUUAAACAAAACUGAGAAAUAGAGUGAAAACGUAUAAAACGGAGAUAAACGAGAUUCUCAUUCUGUGGAGGGAAAUUCAAUACUAGCGGAGAAAUUCAAUACGCAGUAAAAUACAAAAAUGGAGAUUGAAUACGUCUACGUCAAGAGUCGAUCGCUGUUUGGAAAGCAAUGUAUUUUCGACGACUCCGGGGUUACGAUAGAGGAAAAUAUUGUAUCAGAUCCGAAGAUGAUGGGCAGAUACACACACAAACAUCCGUUUCAUACCGCCACUCAAAAUACAAGACAAUUCGCAGUUCAUGAGGUUCAGACGAUGAGUAAUCCUGUCAAAGACAGUGGCAUGCAUCACACAGAAGGCGGUUGGCCCAAGGACAUCAACAUGAAGGAUGAGGAAUCUGUUGCGAGAUUCCGAAGGCGAGUCGAGAAAAGCGACAAUUGGCCGCCCCGGAUGCGCAAUUUAAUGACAAUUGCGGAAAAAAAUGUACUUCAGAACAGUACCAUUAACAUUUAUCAGCAGUAUUUUGAUGAUAUGGUGCCAACGGAGUUGGUGUUGCCUCUGGGAUUAAGAACUGUAAACGUUUACGAGGAUCCUCAAGUUCUGGUGCGGCCGGUAGCCCAUCUAGCCUGGUCACCCGACAGUGGAAAAAGAUUGGCAGUGGCAUACGGUUGCCGAGAGUUUCAACGAGUUUCACCUAAACUAAAUCCCUACUCGUACAUUUGGAAUAUCGAGAAUCCAAACAAGCCAUUCAUGGCAUUGAAAGCUGUUCACCCUUCAGUAACGAUUGAAUUCAAUCCCCGUGAUCCCUCUAUGCUGAUCAGUGGACUGAUGUCGGGACAAGUUUGUAACUGGGACAUACGAAGCGGAAAUACGCCCAUUCAAAUUUCUCAUCCCCAGUACAGUCAUAGGAACCCAACAAACUGUGCUCUCUGGAUAAAUUCAAAAACAAAUACCGAAUUCUUCUCUGCAUCGACUGGUGGUAUAAUUCACUGGUGGGAUAUUCGUAAACUUCGACAGCCCACAGACUCUUUAAUUAUGGAUCUUGAGAAUCCACUUCGUGGUGAUGUCGUAAGAGCAAUUGGGGUUUCAGCGCUCCAGUUUGAGGUCACAAUGGGCACGAAAUUCAUGGUUGGAAUGGAGAAUGGAGUGGUUGUUAGUGGUACGAGAAAGGGGAAAAAUCCUGCUGAAAAAUUGGCUGUCAGAUUCAAUUGUCAUUACGGGCCAGUAGUGGCGAUUGACAGGAAUCCAUUCAGUACAAAAAAUUUUUUGACUAUUGGCGAUUGGACAGCUAGAGUAUGGGCGGAGGACACGAGGGAGGGUAAUCUAGUAUCAACAAAACACCACAAAACAUCACUGACUGGUGGAUGCUGGAGCACGUCUCGCUGCUCGGUGUUUUACGUGAUAAAUGAUGAGGGAGUGAUGGAGGUAUUUGAUAUUCUGGUCGGCCUGAACAAUCCAGUCACAACAAUUCGUCUUUGUGGGGACAGUUUAAAGGCGUUGGCACCACAUGAGAAUGGAAAACUGGUGGCUGUUGGUAGUGACAAGGGCAGUGUCUAUCUCGUCGAGUCGUCAGAAGCACUCACUACCAAUGCGAGAAAUGAUAAAUUACUCUUGACAUCAUACUUCGAGAGAUGCAGCAGAUAUGAGAAGUCAAUCGACAGCCGUUUGAAGGAAAUUAGACUUGCGCAGAGGGUUGAUUACGAUGACGAACCACUUCCAUCCCCAUCCGCCGUGAAAGCCAGGAGUAAUAAGGGUGGCCCCGGCCGUAAACCAGACAAAGAGAAAAAAACAGAUGAUAAAAGUAGUCGAGCCGAUGAAAAGGAGCGCAAGAAAGUGAAACAGAAAAAAACGAAAAGCGCCUGGGAACUAUUGGAGGAACCUGAGCUGGCUGAUGUCGAGCAACAAUACUUCGAGGCUGUACAACAGGAAAUGGAAAAAUACGCUGAGGCUUCAGAGGCACUUGGUGAAGGGUCAGAGGGUACGAUUUCAACAUUGACAGCAUCGAGAGAUGGCACAUCGACAAAGCGAAGAAAACACGAGGAAUCGAAGGAGCGAAACAGCACCGUAAGACGUUCACAAAUAGGACAGAGAAAAAAAAGCAAAAACUACUCAAUCGUAAAAGUGGUGGUGCCUCCUGUCAAGCCAGAUGUUGAUGUUGAAGAUCCUGGUACCGAGGACAUUCUACCACCUGACGUAAUCGAUGAAGAAGCGCCAGAUGACGAGGAGGAAAUGCAAACGACGAUAGAGAAUGCCAAUGAGAAGGUCCUAUCACCCCGAAAACCAUCACGAUUUGGGAAUAAACCCUGUGAAGAUGAGAUAUGUGAUCCCAUGAUCUGCUGCUUAGGAUCAACGGUCAAACCCGGGCCUGUCUAUUCUGAAACUACUGUCCGCACUGAAAACCACAAGAUGAAUGCUGCAAUCGUGGAGAUGCUUGCUGGUCUACCAAAAAACGUAUUACCAAGUCAGCUUGAGGAACUUUCCCGUUACACAACGGAUGAAAAGCACAAGAUUCUGGCAGUGAAGGAUGCACCCCCAUCAGUCUUAAGUGAUGCGCUGAAAGAAGCCAAGAAGGGAGUGAGGAAAGGGGGUGAGAUGGGAGCAUUGAGAAAAUUCGAACGCUCCACUUCGGGUAAAUUCACGGUGGUGGGGGAAAAGACGGAACUGACCGAAACAGUAAUCGCAUUGGAUGAGAAUAGGGGGACAUAUCUGAGAGGCAGAGAACUCCGGAAAAGUGUUUCUUCGUCGAGAAAAUCGGUGAAUAGAUUCACUCGGAAGAACAUCUCGAUGCGAAAUCCGUGUGACCCGAAUGCGAAGAGUUUUACGUCUAAGGAAAUUCGGAGUAUCAUUGGGGUUGACAUCGAAUUACCAGAGAGACCGAUAUCAUCUACGAAGUGGACUGGUGAAUCUUCAAGAGAGAAAAUACGAUAUCCCAGAUAUUCAGCUCUGAAUGUAAAAAAAUUAAACGAGUGAUAUUUUUAUUUAAUUAAUAGCAAU